GUAUAUGGUUUUUUUAAGGAGAAUGUAUGGUUACUUCUGAUAGAUAAGUCCACAAAUUUCCUAUUUCAGAAGAUUAAGAUUACUGUUCAAUAAAGAAAUGAGCGAUUCCGAUAUGGUAGAUAGUGUGCCGGCAUGGUAUAAAUUGGAAGAUAUGUCGAAUGAAAACAGUGAAGAAACGAAACAACACGAAAGAUUGAUAAAUGAAACAUUUAAUACACUAGUUGCUGCCAUAGAGAAUAUUGAAUCAUUAGGCAUAUUCAAUCCGUCAUUUAUUAAAUCUUUCAAGGUUGUGUCAGAUCAGCUGUCACUGUUGAAAACACAUCUAGAAUCUCUCAAAUCAAAAGAUGCAAUAAUAAAACAGCUUAAGAAACAAAUAUCAGAACUUGAGAAGAGACAGAUUGAACGAAGUGAUCUUACACAUAUAAUUGAACAGCAACAAAAUAAACUUCAAGAACAAAAAGUUGAAAUUGAAAGAUUAUCCUUCCAAAAGUCUUGUACCAUAGAAGAUAAUAGUAAAUAUCAAGACCUCCAGGAAAAAUGCCAUACCGAAUAUAAUCGAGCUAAUAAGGCUGAAAGUAGAUUAGUAGCUUGUAUGAAAAAUGAGCAGAGGCUAUUGUUGGAGAUAGAAAUUCUUAAAGGAGAUAAGUCGACUCCGACGACUACGAAAGAAAUAAGAGAUGCGAAUACAUCGGAUUUAUACAGAAUUAAUCAUGAACAACAAAUAAAAAUAAACAAAUUAAGUAAAAAUGCUUCGGAACUCGCUGAAGAAAAAGCUAAAUUAGAAAAAAUUAAUGAAAACCAAUGUGAAAUUAUAAGGAACCUUGAAGAAAAUUUGAAUCAAUAUACACAUUUAUCUAUAGCUCCACAGGCCUCCGUUUUAAAUCGACGCAAUACAAGUAAAUGUAAAAAAUGUAAUGCUGAAAAUUAUGUUACUGCUAAAAAAUGUAUUAACUGCAAUUUUCCCAAAGAUGGACAUUUAGAGGGUGGUAUUCGUUUAGCUGAUCAGUUUAUGGAAGGACGUUAUGAUAUGCGGGAAGUUCCUAAUUCAUAUGAAACAUACGAUGGAUACGAUGUCGUAGAUUGA